AGUUUCCAUUCAUUUAAUGAUAAGGCACUUUCUGGGCCACAAUGAUUAACCAUUUGAACCCGAGUGUGUUAUCUUACCCUGCAGGAGUGUAUAUCAUUAUUUUAGUUUUAUGAUUUUUAUGUAAACUUAUCAGGGCCCACCUCUACCUGCACACAAUAUAGUGAUCAGUUUGUCCAUCUGACAUCACUUGUCUUGAGCAUAUUUUCUCUAUUAGCGCAAUCUGUCUCAUACUUUACUCUCGGUGCUUGUGGCUUAAAAGCAUGCAAUCACCUUGAACCAAGAUUUUAGGAAAAAAGAUAGGGCAUAUCAGAAAUCCAGUUUUGGACCUCAAUAUCUCCCAAUGAGAUUAAAUUUUACUCUGACUUAAUUUACUGUCUGCAUGCAAGGGGUGUAUUGUGACUUUGAAUGCAUUGUGGAUUAAAGCUGCACAAAAGUGUCAGUCAGUAGAAGUAACAUAUUAGUAAAGAAAAAGUAAAUGUGCAUCUUUUAAAAAAAUAAUUUUGAAUGUAAAUUGGAUUUAACUGAUCUAAAAUAAAAAUUUCGAACACCAACUUUUUUCUCAUGUACGUAAUGAGCUGGAUGUUUUUGGCUCUACACAUUAUGAUGAUGGCUCACAAGAACUUUGAUAUUAAUGAAAAUACAAUUUUUCCUGAACCUAUUAAGUCGUUGAAAAAUUAAAACACAUACUGUAUCCAGGAUUUUGAUAAUUUUUAGUAGGGCGUGUCAUAAAUAUUCAGGUGAGUAGUGAGGCCUGUAAACCUCAUGAUUGUAGCACACAUAUAGAAGCAAUUAUUAAAAAAUGAUAUAUUCUAUUCUAUUUUUAAAACCUAAAUUACGUUGAUCAUCUACAAUUGUCUCUAUAGUCUUUCUAGGUCUAGGAAUCCGUAAAUAAAUAGUAUGCGGAUACUGUACUGAUCCAGGCGAGCUUUAAAUCCAAAAAGAAGAUCGGGUUCGGAAUGCUCUUAAUUGAUGGUGUGAAAAACAAAAGCUAAACUGUAAACAGAUAGGACGUACUUUGUCGUUAAAGAUGCCUUGCUGUGGUCCAGUGGACUCUUUUGUUAGCCCUUUUGUAAAAUACGUUCUUUUCUUCUUCAACUUUCUAUGUUGGCUCUUAGGAGGUGUAUUGAUAGGCAUUGGAAUCUGGGCCUACUUAGAGAAACAGAAAUAUUACAACAAAGAGAUAGAGUCAGUAUAUGAUGUCAUCUUUGAUCUUGCCAUAAUCUUCCUAGUUCUGGGAGCUGUCAUAUUUAUCCUGGGAUAUGCAGGAUGUAUCGGUGCUCUCAGGGAAAAUGUCUACCUCUUGAAAUUUUACUACUUUGCUAUGCUGCUGAUAUUUCUGGUUUUGCUAGUUGGUGCUGUGUUGGCUUUUGUUUUCCGAGACAAAUUUCGACAGAGGUUUACCUCUCUACUUAAAGAUAAUCUGAUCAUUACCUACCAAGACGACCCAGAUAAACAGAGUACCAUUGACUGGUUACAAGAACAGCUUGGAUGCUGUGGAGUGAACUCGUACAGGGACUGGAACAAGAACCAGUACUACAACUGUUCCAGUGAGGGCAAGUAUAACCCCAGCCCCCUGGCCUGUAGUGUCCCCCACUCCUGCUGCAAGGUCCAGGACACACUGAUGGCUGGAGUUCCAAACAUACUAUGUGGAAAUGGAGUUCUUAAAAUGGGAGGCGAUUCCUCGCUGGUCUACACCAUUGGCUGUAUUGAUGCCGCCCUAGGUCUGGUGGAGACACAACUGCCUAUCGUGGGAGGAAUCGCAGUUGGAAUAUGUUUUGUGCUGCUGAUUGCCAUGUUUUUGUCCUAUCUCCUGGCAAGGCAAGUUGAGGAUCAAAUGUUGAGAUGGAGCAUAUAAGGAAAUGAAUUACAUGUACUCCGGUGAUCCAGCUAUGAAGUAAAGUCAAGACAUUCUAAAGUCGUUAAGUAAAGAGGAAAGCUUAAAUGUCAUAUAUCCAUUAACAACAUGACACCUUAAUUGUAAUUUUUUUAUGAAAUAUUUUGAUAUAUACAUGUAAAUACUCUACAAAACACACUGAACUUUUGGUUUAACAAAGUCAUAUUUGUUCAACUAGAGCUAAAAUGCAAAGUCGAAUCUCAGAAUUUAUAGUGAUAUUUUUUUUUUUCACUUUGUUUGUGGGUUUUAUUUUUGUUCGGUUUUUAUUGUUUGUUUAAUGUACAUGUAUUGUAAUAUAAAACAGAGGUGCUCUAGCUAUAUAGAGAAGAAUUUUUUGAGGGAGACGGUCAAAUGCACUCAUUGAUUUAAAAAAAAAAACCAACAUUUGAAUGCAUACAGUACAAUACCAAUUCAAAUGUAUAUAUGGGGAUCAUGUUGUAAUUUGUUGGUGUUUUGUUUAUAUUUAUUUUUGUUUUAAUUUUAUUUGUUACUUAAUGUAGUAUGCAGUAUUUUGGUGCCAUAUUGUAAUUUUUUUUUUUCUGAAGUAUGCAAAGUUGAGGUAAUCAAAACGGACUGACAUGUACUUGGUUGAAGGUAUACUACAGGUGCUAUACUUAACUUCUUUAGUCACUCAGGUGAUCCAUUGCUAUAUAACUUGCCAGUUGGUGUCAUUGGUCAAACAUUUUUAAAUUUUCAACUAUUCCUUGAAACCUUCAGGCUAUUUUUGGUAUGUAGCAUUGGUAGGGGAAGAUUUACAUUAAUUUUGAAAUUCAUGACCCCUGGGGGCCCCCUUUGGGAACUCUUCAGAUUACAAGUCCGAACAAUUUUGUUAAAGCAUAAAAUUGCUGUGACCCAGACUGUAAAGUUUCAUGGGCCACUUGUUUUAAUUCUAGCGAUUGCUAGCUGUUGGGCCAGUCACCAAUUUAAAACUUAAGUUGGUUUUAGUUGUCAGUUGAUAAAUAAUUGUACAUUCCUCUUGUUGUUUUUUUUUUAAUACCAUGACAGUUUUGCCUUUUAUUCUACAUUGUAAAGGGAAUCUGCAGACAUAUCUUUACAGUUUUUCUUGCCUUAGAAACUUGUUUAAUAAGAAUUAUACAAAAUGUUUUGAUAAAGUGAAUACUGGGUAUGUAUGAUAUUAAUUGUUGAACUUUCAGGUGUUUUAUUUAUUUUAAUGCCUAUAUUU